AGCAACAUACCUACAUUAUCUUGCUGCUGGUACCGCCGCCCACUUGAUAUUAUCCAGCGGAUUCAUCCGCCCUCUCCCCCCCUAAGGUAUUAUUCCCGAUACAGCUUUUGAUAGCUUUCACUCCUCUUCCUCUUCACCCCAGCCCCCCGGCAGCGCGGCUGCGUGUAUGCGCCUGUGAUACGCGGUGUGUGUUCAAGGGAGAUUGGCUCGUUUGUCUGAUUGUCUUUGCGCCAGACGCGCGCUCUCGUCCGCAUCCAACCCAACCCAACCCCCUUUCCCCUUCUCCAUUGGCUUCCCAUGCGCUCCUAGCGGCUGGUAUAUUCCAUCCCUCUACUUUUACUCAUAUACUUUCUUUAUCUAGAGUAACCACACUUUUUUCCCCCCCUUCCUCCCUUCCCACCGAAGAAGGGGGGCGACCCACCAUACAAACAAGGAAGUACCACAUGGCCAUGGACUCCGCUCCGAGCCAGCCGACGACCGCGUCCGGGACCCCCGGGCCCCUCCGGACAUCCGACCCGGGCUCUACUACUACCACCCCGAUCUUCACCCCCGCCGCCGUGCAGAAUGAAAAGGAGGUCGAGGUAGUAGACUCGCCUACCUCCCCCGCCUCCCCCAACGCCCUCGCGCGCUUCGAGUUCGAGGCGGGCCGCGGCAACGACGGGUCCAAGAUCCUGAUGGUGGAGUGGGAUCCCGCGCCGCUGGGCGAGGACGGCUGGGCCGUGUCGUGGGAGGGGAAGGCGACGACGUUUCCGGUGUCGGAGAAGCUGGCGGUCGACGAAGGUGAAGGGGAAGUCGCGGAGCGCAAUCAGCGACGCCAGCGCAUCUACUUCCUGCUCCCGUCCUCCGCGACGAUCCCGCCCAUGGUGACGAUCUCGCACGCCGGCUCGGGGUCGGGGUCGGGUUCGGGUUCGGGUUCGGGCGUCCACGGCGCAACGACGCUGGCCGCUAAAUCGAUGCCUGCGAUCUUCGCGCCGGGGCUGGGGAUCGGGUCGCGGGAGGCGGGCCGCCGCGGCGUGCUGCACACGAAGUGGGCGCGGCUGCGGGCGGCGCAGCUGCAGGACGAGAUCCGCGCCGAGCUGCGCGACAACAGCGAGAGCGUCGCGCUCGAGAUGGCGGUCCAGGAGCGCCUGUGGAUCAUCGAGCACUUUGGCCUCGAGGAGCUGCGUCCCGCGGCGGACGCGAGCGCGGGUGUAGGUCUCCAGAAUGCAGGCGGCGCUGCGGCGGCUUCGCAGCAGCAGCAGCAGGCGCCGCAGAGCCCGAGGUCCCCGGUGAGUGGGCGCCUGGGCGAGAAGUUAAGGGGUUUGAAGCUGGCGACUUCGCCGUCGGAGUUGGUUAAUCCGUCAGGCACACAAUACUCGCAAACACAACAACAAGUACCAACCCUAUCCAACCCCCUGCCACCAAAUAAUAAUAAAAAACCGGAGGUAAUCCCGAGAGUAGCGAACGCAGGCGGCGUAGCCUCCCUCGACGCCGUCCUCGGCACGGGAGGGGACCAGGCCCCUGCUGCUGCGCCGGAUACCCAGAGCAAGGAGACGGAGGACGAGCUGUUCGCGCUGCCGAUGAGUCCGCGGAGCCCCGAGAUGAAGACGAGCCCGUUCAGCUUCUUGAGGUAGCACCUAGUUCCGCUUUUCUGAGGAUGAUAGAAGAAGAAGAAGAAGAAGAAGCAAGCGAUGAAAAAGGUUGCGAUGGGAUAUCAGAGACGGAAAACAGAUGGGGGA